UGAUUAUACCAAAGCUGAAGGGAGCUGAUAGCCAUUUCCAUUUAGUAAGUGUCGUCUGAAUGGCGUGAUUACAGAAAUUUUCCACCAUGGAACGUUGUGUUUCAGUUUUCCUGCUGCUUUUUGUGACUAUUGUUUCUUCGUGGUCCUUUGCGGCGUCGGAGAUUCGCUCGUUGCAGAAGAGGUCUGUGGAAGUAGCUGAUCAACUCCGUUUGGAAGAUGAACUUAAACGAGUCAAACGUCUUCAGGAGGAUGAGGAAUUGUCCAGAGUAAAGCGAUUCGAUGAUAAAGAGUUAUCGCGUCAGAAAAGAUCCGAUUUGAAAAGAAUACAGAGGGGUUACACUGACGCGUUGUCAAGGGUAAAACGCCUGAAGAGGGCCAUUCUGGAAAGGAAAUUGGAGAGAGACAUUGCUCUUCAUCGAAUGAAACGGGGCGAAGUGGAACAGUCCCCAAAACAUGCAUCACACAAAGAGAAGAAAGAAACGAAAAGGCUUCAUAAAAAAGAUAAUGACAAAAGGGAAUUUAAGAAGAAACGCAUGGAAAUGGCACUGAAAAGACGCGGGCAGCUUGGAGAACAUCGAGUUAUGAAAAAAGGGGAUCCAAAAUUUCACCGAAAAGGACACCGUAGUCAAUUCAGGAACCGAAUGGCGAAGCAUCGGAGAUUUAACAGCAGUGACCGAAAACGGCAAAUGAGAAACCUCUUGAAACGUCAUCAUGUACAACACCACCGCCGAAAUGACGUCAAAAAACCAAAGCGUCAUACCAAGAGGAGCUAGGGGAGGGAAAUUUGUACAUAUAACUUAAACACAAAGUGUUGUUUCUGUUGAAGUCUGCUGUAUUUUUGUUUGUUUCUUUGUUUCUGUUGAAAGGAUCCACCAAGCGCACACGCUGUUAAAAUUAUACCCACACAGAGAAUGUGAAUUUUUAACAAUAUUGUUAUUUAAUUAGAUGCAACACCUUUUUGACUUACAUAUGUACCUUUAUCAACAGUUUUUCUAUACUCCUAUACUCUUUUUUGUACCAAGGUCCAUUUAUGUUUUUACUUUUAUUGCUGUAAAAAUCCAUAUUUUGAAUAAAAUUUUGGAGUAAAUCUGUCA